AUGACCGCUUCAAGAGACCUGCCACCCUGUACCACUCCAUACUACCCAAAGAUCUAUCUCAAGUCUCAGCUGUGCACGAAGCCCCAAUGGCCGCCGAAAGGUACCACUCUUACUGAUAAAGUCGCCAUCGUGACAGGAGCCAACACCGGCUUGGGUUUGGAAAGCGCUCGCCAACUCCUAUCAUACAAUAUCUCCCAUUUAAUCAUUGCCGUUCGCUCAGUAACAAAAGGCGAGACAGCAGCAGCUAUACUCCGAAAGGAGUAUCCCAUGGCCUCCAUCGAAGUCUGGGAUCUCGACAUGAGCUCAUACGAUUCUAUUCGGGCCUUUGUUCGCCGCGCCGAAAGUCAGCUAUCUCGUCUUGACAUAGUCAUUCUCAAUGCCGGAUUGGGGAAAAUGCACUUUGGGGUUGUUCCAAGUACUGAUCAUGAGGAGGUCAUCCAAGUGAAUUACCUAUCGACGGUACUCCUUUGCAUUCUCCUCCUCCCUGUGCUCAAGAACAAAGCACCAGCUGGUACGCCUGGCCGACUUAGCAUCGUCAAUUCGGGCACCGCUCUGAUGGCAACAUUCCCCCACAGAAAGUUCUCUCCACUCCUGCCCUCGUACGACGACCCGAAGAACUUCGACUGGACCGAGCAAUACAGCGCAUCCAAACUCCUCGGGCACAUGUUCAUGUGGAAGCUCGCCGACUACGUAUCCGCGGAUGACGUGGUGGUGAACUUGGUGGACCCAGGUUUUACCAAGGGCACUCAGCUCCACCGUGAUGUUUCUAGUGUUCUAUCAAUGAUCAUGUCCCUUGCGAAAGUGGCCACUGCUCGCACGGUCAGGGAUGGAGCUUCUACAUAUGUGGACGCUACGGUGGUGAAGGGCAAGGAGUCCCACGGCUGUUUUUUGAUGGACUGGCAGAUUCGACCGUUUGCUACUGUCCUCUAUACGCCGGAAGGGAGACAGGCCAUUGAAAGGCUAUGGGAUGAAACGAUGGCCGAACUGAAAUUCGCCGAUGUCCAGAGUAUUUUUCGGUCUAUGAACAGGAUGUAA